AUGGCAUCGAGUAAAGAAUUCAAGGAAAACAGAGCCGAAGCAGCUGCAAAGCUAGCUGCAAAAGACAUCGGCGAUGUAAACAGAACAAACGAAAGAGAACAAGGUUACAAUCUUCGGUCUGAAGCACAGUUUAAAGAAGCACGAGCUGAAGCAGCUUCGAAACUCGCUGCUAAGGAUCUCGAAGACGUUAACAAAGCGAGAGAAAGUGGAUUGAAUGCACGUGAAGAGAAACCGGGUCUAAUUGGUUCGAUGUUUAAAGCAGCAAAAGAAGCUGUUGUUGGUAGGGGUAACGAAGCUCGUGAAAAAGUGAGAGAAACUUCAGAUUAUGGUGCAGAGAAAGCGGGGACUGCGAAUAAAGCCGGAGUGUAUGCUGAUUAUGCUGCAGAGAAAGCGAGGGAAGCGAAAGAUGCUACUAGUAAAGCUGGACAGUAUGCUGAUAAUGCUGCAGAGAAAGCUAGAGGAGCCAAAGAUGCUACUAACAAAACAGGGAAGUAUGCUGAUAGUGCUGCAGAGAAUGUAAGGGGAGCCAAAGAUGCUACUGAUAAAGCAGGGCGUUAUGCUGCUGAUGCCUCAGAGAAAGCGAGAGGAGCGAAAGAUGCUACAGAUAAAACUGGGGAGUAUGCUGCUAAUGCUGCAGAGAAAGCAAGAGGAGCGAAAGAUGCUACUGAUAAAGCAGGAGAGUAUGCUGAAUAUGCUGCACAGAAAGCGAGGGAAGCGAAGGCAUGGGAGGAGAAACAAAAUUAUGCUGCAGAGAAAGCCAGGGAAAACGAACAGAGGUAUGCUGCAGAGAAAGCGAGGGAAGCGGAAGCAGAGGCGUCCAGAGAGUAUGCUGCAGAGAAGGCGAGGGAAGCUAAAGAUGCUGCAGCGAAUAAAGCGGGAGAGUUUAGGGAUUAUACUGCUGAGAAAGCUAAAGAAGGGAAAGAUGUUAGUGUGGGGAAGCUUGGGGAGUUGAAGGAUUCUGCUGCUGAUGCUGCUAAAAGAGCUAUGGGUUUCUUUACCGGAAAGAAAGAUGAAACUAAGGAAAUGGUGCGUGAGAGUGAGGAAGAUGUGAGGAGGAGAAUGGAUGAUUUGAGGAUGGAAGGAGGAGGGAGGGGAAGAGAGAAAGUGGUGGUGGAGGUGGAUGAGAGUCGUCCGGGAGUAGUGGCGGAUGGGUUGAGGGAGGCGGCUGAAGUGAGGACAGCGGGGGCGGGAGUUAAUCAGAGUGGUCUGGGACGUUUGGAGGAAGAAGGCACAGUUCAUGUUGAGCGUCGUCGUGAGAAAAUAUGA